ACAAAAAAUAUAAAAUCACGAUCCCAAAAUCAGACCGAGACAAUGGCACAACACCCCAACUUCUCAUCUUUUUUGCAACAUCCCAACAUUAAAUCUCAAAACGCGACAACAGCAAAAGAUCAGUACAAGUUCGUUUUCAAACCCAUCGAAGCAGCAUUUGAAGGCGUCACCGAACUCAAGAAACUUCACAUGCUGAUCAAAAAGGCGAUGUCACUCGCUCGGGCUCCAAUCUCCACGAACAAAGUCGGAGCUGUCGGACGCGCAUCAUCGGGUCGGUUCUACUUAGGCGUCAAUGUCGACUUUCCAGGUCUUCCUCUUCAUUACUCCAUCCACGCCGAGCAGUUCCUCGUCGCCAACCUCGCGCUCAACUCCGAGGAAGGCCUCCGUCAGUUAGCCGUUGCCGUCUCUACAGACGGCAUCGAAUUCGGCACGCCGUGCGGACACUGUUGCCAGUUUCUUUUGGAGAUCAGCAACGCACCUGAAAUAGAGAUCCUGAUAAGAUCAAAGCAUGUAGAAGGAUCAUUUGCGAGCCUUAAAUGCCUCCUUACGGACAUGUACACACCCGACAGAAACCUCCCGAACGGUACCCCUCUCCUUCUCGAGAAACGCGAUAACUGCCUCGACCUUCUCAAGAAACGCGAUAACUGCUCAACACCAUAUUCUAACCAUCUGAAGUGGGUAGCUCUAGACGCGGCAAACAAUUCGUUCUCGCCGUACACCGACUCUCCAUCGGGAGUGGCGCUGCUUGACAACGACGAUAUCGUGUACCGUGGAUGGUACAUUGAGUCAGUGGCAUAUAACUCUAGUUUGGGGCCGGUACAAGCUGCGCUGGUUGAUUUCGUGGCUCGUGGCCGAGGCAAAGGGUUCGAUAAGACCGUCGGAGCAGUCCUGGUGGAAAAGAAUGAUGCGAGGGUGAGUCAAGAGGGCACCGCGAAGAUGCUCUUAGAGACUAUCGCAGAUCGCAACUGCUUUUUCAAAGUCUUCCAUUGCUACGUGAUGCCAUAAAAAACGUUUAGAAUGUUGAUCUUCGUUAUUAAACUAUUUUAGUAUCCUAUCAUAAUUAUAAUGCUUUGUUUAGUACUUCUUGGUUGGGUUCAUUAAACCUUUUAAUAAUGUCGAUAUGAUAUAGAAUCAUAAUUAUGUUGUGUUUUCUUCUUGGGAUCAUGUUGCCCUUUCAGUUUCAGAAUAAUAAUAUUCAUAAUAAUGUAGUUAACUAGUAAUUAUUAAGUAAUUUUACAAUCUCAAA